AUGAAUUUCCUAAGGGGAGUGAUGGGAGGUCAGCAGAGCUCCGGGGUACAGCCAUCUGGAGCGGAAACUAUCCAGAAGUUGUGUGAUAGAGUUGUUUCAUCUACUUUGCUGGAAGACAGAAGGGAUGCUGUAAGAGCCCUCAAGUCCUUGUCAAAGAAAUAUCGUCUUGAGGUGGGCACUCAGGCUAUGGACAUUCUCCUGAAUGUACUACAGACCGAUCGAUCCGAUUCUGAAAUCAUUGGCUAUGCAUUGGAUACAUUGUACAAUAUUGUGUCUAAUGAUACAGAGGAGGCAGCCGAAUCUGAAGAGGAGAACCAGCAAGUACAAGCAGAUGAUCUUGGAGUCCAGUUUACAGAAAUGUUCAUGAAACAACAGGAAAACGUCACUCUUUUACUGUCAAUUUUGGAGGAGUUUGAUUUCCACGUGCGCUGGCCUGGAGUGAAACUACUGACUACUCUUCUUAAGCAGCAAGGACCUCAAGUGCAGCAGAUUGUUUUAGUUAGCCCAAUGGGUGUUUCCAGGCUUAUGGAUCUUCUUGAUGACUCAAGGGAGGUGAUUCGUAAUGAUGGUCUUUUAUUACUUCAGCAGUUGACAAAAGGCAAUGCAGCAAUUCAGAAAAUUGUAGCUUUUGAAAGUGCUUUUGAAAGACUACUUGACAUAAUCACUGAAGAGGGAAGCAGUGAUGGUGGAAUUGUAGUUGAGGACUGUUUAAUAUUACUUCAGAAUCUACUGAAGUAUAAUAACUCCAAUCAAAAUUUCUUCAAAGAAGGAUCCUACAUCCAACGAAUGAAGCCUUGGUUUGAAGUGGGAGAUGACAACUCCGGGUGGUCUGCACAGAAAGUGACUAACCUUCACUUGAUGCUGCAGCUGGUUCGGGUUCUGGUGUCUCCAAUGAAUCCUCCUGGUGCCACCAACAGUUGCCAGAAAGUCAUGUAUCAGUGUGGUUUGCUGCAGCAGCUUUGCAUCAUCUUAAUGGCAACAGGUGUUCCUGCUGACAUUCUUACAGAGACCAUAAACACCGUGUCUGAGGUAAUAAGGGGAAGCCAAAUUAACCAAGACUAUUUUGCAUCUGUAAACGCUCCAUCAAAUCCACCAAGACCUGCAAUUGUCGUGCUUUUGAUGUCCAUGGUGAAUGAAAGACAGCCUUUUGUUUUGAGAUGCGCUGUUCUAUACUGCUUUCAGUGUUUCCUCUACAAGAACCAGAAGGGUCAAGCAGAAAUUGUAGCAACUCUUCUGCCCUCAACUAUUGAUGCAACCUCGCUGUCUGCUGGACAACUGCUUUGUGGAGGUCUCUUUUCUACAGAUUCUCUUUCCAACUGGUGUGCCGCAGUUGCACUGGCUCAUGCUCUGUUAGAGAAUUCUACCCAAAAGGAGCAGCUGCUAAGAGUUCAGCUUGCAACCAGUAUUGGUAACCCUCCUGUGUCCUUGCUGCAGCAGUGCACCAACAUCUUGUCUCAGGGAGAUAAGAUCAACAGACGGGGUAGUAAAGUACAGACCAGGGUUGGGCUGUUAAUGUUGCUGUGCACUUGGUUAUCCAGCUGCCCCAUCGCAGUUACACAUUUCCUUCACAAUGCAGCUAAUGUGCCUUUUCUCACAGCGCAAAUAUCAGAGAAUCUUGGAGAAGAGGAGCAGCUUGUUCAAGGUUUGUGUGCUUUGCUGCUGGGGAUAUGCAUUUACUACAAUGACAGCUCACUUGAAAACAAUACCAAAGAAAAGUUAAAACAAUUGAUAGAGAAGAGAAUCGGGAAAGAAAUCUUUAUAGAGAAACUAAGCUUUAUCAAUAAGCAUGAAUAUUAUUCAAAAGCUGCUCAAAAACCUCAGCCUAUUUUCUCCAGUCCUGAUCACAUGAUGUUUGAUCAUGAGUUCACGAAAUUAGUCAAAGACCUAGAGGCUGUCAUCAUAAAAGCGAUCUACAAAUCUAGUGAAGAGGAUAAGAAAGAGGAAGAGGUUAAAAAAUCUCUGGAACAGCAUGAUAACAUUGUAUCGCACUACAAAAAUGUAAUCCGGGAACAGGACAUUCAGCUAGAGGAAUUGAAGCAGUCUGUUUCUUCUUUACAAGCUAAAAAUGAACAGUUCCAAACUACAGUCUCACAGCAGCUUGCCCAAAUUCAGCAACACAAGGAUCAGUACAAUCUUCUCAAGGUACAGCUAGGAAAAGAUAACCAGCAUCAUAAUGCCCACAAUAGCAGUGCACAGGUAAAUGGUUUCCAACCUGAAGAGGUUAGUCGAUUAAAAGAGGAAAUUGAAGAAUUGAAGAAACAACAGGACUUACUGAAAGGAGAGCUCUCAGAGAAAAAUACCCUCAUACAGAAUCUGAGCAGUCAGGCUGGUAGUCAUACAGAUCAAGUGACUGGAGGAUCUGAACAAGUUGCAGAUCUACAAAAGGAUAUAGAAACUCUAAGAUCUCAGUUAUUUGUUCAGUCAUCUGAAAUCAACAGACUACAAACUGAAAGAAUGGAACUCCUUCAAAAAACAGAAGCAAAUGCUACAGCACCGUCUGGUGAUAAUGCACCUCAAGCUAAAAGUACUGAACUUGAAGAGAAAGUGGCAAGUUUAUUGAAGGAGCUCAACAGCACUAAGGAAGAAUUGAAAGCUGCAUCUGAAGAGAGAGCCUCUCUAAAGCAGGAGCUAGACUCUGUUCGCAGCACAGCAGCCAUUUUACAAGAUGAAAAACUUAAGCUGACGCAGGAGGUCGGGGAAUCUAAGAAGGAACAGGAUGAUCUUUUGAUCCUCUUGGCUGAUCAAGAUCAAAAAAUUCUUUCUCUAAAGAAUAAGCUCAAAGAACUUGGAGAACAGGUUGAAGAUGAAGAUGACUUGGAGUCCGUGGAUGCAGCAGAUGAAGAUGAUCUGGAUGAAGAUGAUAGCAGGGAUGACGACAUGUAG